ACGGUUUGCAACCGCACAUGUCCCGCGUCAGCUAUUUUACCUUUUACGCAAUUGUAUAAUUAGUUCACGACUCAUCAAGGUAGUGUGUACUCGCGUAUUAGUGUAAUUAACUUUAACAAGAAAGUAAUCAAUAAAACGCACUUUUUACGCUAUCAAGAUUGUUCUCAUUUUGCCUCCACAUCAGUUUAUCAAGAUUAUCAUCUUAUCAUCAAAAGAUCAUACAAGUCUAGCAAGAGACUGUACAUCUUUUUGGUCCUUCGAGCAAACACGAGGUGUUCGCGUGUGCAGAGUGAUAGCGAAUCGGUUCAGCCGGCCUCCCACCAGCGGGUCUCACCGGCUGGAUUGAGAAGGCGCAAAUAUCAUCCCAGGACACAGUGGACAUAGUAAUCAGCAAGACAAGAGGAUUAUAUCCACUUUAUCAAGUUUUGUGAAGUUUGUGAUAUAAGAAAAGAACUCGCAAAUUAUCAAGAAUCAGUGCAAGUGAUAACAAGUACAUCAAGUAUCAAGUUUAUUAAGAGCAUCAAGGCUUAUCAAGCACGUAAAAGCAUCAAGGCUUAUCAAGCACGUAAAAGCAUCAAAGCUAUCAAGUAGGUACCUAUACUAUCAAGUGAUCAAGACUAAUACCCAACGCCAGGGAUUAGUAAAAAUUGAAAUAUUAAUCGAGAUUCAAUCAAGUGAAUAUUCAAGUACAAUUCAAACAAGUGAAUAAUAACACUCAAUCAAGUGAGUGUAUAUCAAGCUUAAUCAAGGAAAACAAGUUUUCACCAUGGAAAACAUACUUGAAAAUCAAGCAAUUUUAGAAGAUGGUAUCAAGAAAGUUUUAAUAAACUUUAAAAAGGAUGGUGCAAGUCGCAAGACCCCUGAGAACAUCAAGAGACGUCUCACGACCUUGGACUUGUACUGGGAGGAUUAUAUCUCUAACCACGGUAAGCUUAAGGAGCUUUUGCCUCAAGACCACGAAUACUUCUCCGGUCGUUAUUACGAAAACGCAAAGAGUGCUUACUUAGAAACAAGGGAAUUUAUAGAAAAAUCAAGCGUAACUAUAAACCCGGUCACGGUGGUCGACAAGGACAACAAUCCAGUGGAUGAUUUCCAAGAAAGUGUUAGCCAACAAGGUGCUUCCACUUCUAAAGAUAAUGAGUUCGUGCGGGAGAAUAAAAUCAAUACCGGAAGUAGCAGCAAGCUUGAUGACAUGAUAAAAAAGCAAUUAAGCAAUUUCAAGGCUUUUGCUAGAACAGUAGUUAACAUCAAUAUAGAAAACAUGAAUGAAAAGUGGGAGUUCGUAGAUAGUCUGCAUACCCUUCAAUCGCGUUGGCAGGCUAUAGACGCUCUUCAUUGGGAGUUAGACAGUGAGCUGCAAGGAUCUAAUCAGCAGUACGAGAGCAGGUUCACCGAACACGAAGCUAAGUAUUUAGCAGUCAAGAAGGCCAUUAAUACCAAGCUAUGGUCCGUAUCACAUCGAGAAAAGUCAACUCCGCAGCUUGAUAUACCUGUUUUUAUCGGGAACUACCAACAAUGGGUAUCAUUCAAGGACUUAUUUUGCGAGGCGAUACAUAAUAAUCCUUCUCUGUCUAACGCCCAAAAGUUACAAUACCUUAAAAGCAAGCUUAGGGGAGAACCAGAGCGCCUAAUCCAACAUCUUCCGAUCAGUUCAGACAACUAUGUCGGUGCCUGGGAGAUUCUCAACAACAGAUACGAAAACAAGAAACGUAUCUUCAAUUCGCAUAUUGGUGCGUUAAUGAACCUUCCAGUUAUGCCUCAAGCUACUGUUCAAAAUCUCAAGCGCCUACACGACGUCACUACCGAGUGUCUAAAUGCCAUAAAAAACAUAGGUGUUAACAUAGACACCUGGGACCCGAUCCUUGUGUAUAUUUUAGCACAAAAACUCGACACAGAUACCAACAAUGACUACAAUGACUCAUUGAAGGAUUCGAAACAGCUGCCUAAUCUAAAAGAAUUUCUAGAAUUCUUAGAGAAGAGAUUUACUUCCAUGGAAAGUGCCCGCCGCAAGCAAGAACAAAAGUCGAAUACAAACUCUACAAUUACAUCGGACAAACAAGAAAAACAGUAUCAUUACAAGCGAUACUUUUCAAGCAACAAGGCUACAUCGCAAUCAUCAAGAUUUAAUAAAAAUAACAAAUUGAAAUGUCCGGUAUGUAAUAUGGAACAUGGAAUUUAUUACUGCAAGCAAUUCUUGGAAAUGUCUCCGACUCAAAAACGUCAAAUCAUAUCAAAAUUUAACAUUUGCUGCAAUUGUUUAUUCAGCCAUAAUGGUAAACUUUGCACUUCAAACAGGCGAUGCCGUGAAUGCAAUGGCUGUCAUAAUACAAUUUUACAUGAAGCUUGUAAAAACAACACGACACCGACUCACGCGGAAUCGUCACAUCGGGGUGAACGGGCGAGUGGUAUCUCGCACGUGGCUCAACAAGGAAACACACCCGAGACACUUUUAUCGACAGCUUUGGUAAACGUAACAGGAGCCAGUGGAGAGUCGUAUACAUUACGAGCUCUCAUUGAUCAAGGCUCACAAGUGUCAUUGAUCACAGGGCAUGCCGCACAAUUGCUUCGUUUGCCAAGACGCAAAUGUAAAGGCAUCAUAACAGGGGUUGGCGCCAAGGACAACACCUGCACUGGAAUGUUAACCAUCAGCUGUAACUCACUAACUGAAGAGUUUAUUUUCAACGCUGAUGUUUACAUAAUGAAAAGUUUAACAAGAAACUUGCCAAGUGGCAUAUGCAACGUCGGCAACAUGACACCAGUUGCACAACAAACAAGGCUUGGGUGGAUUUUGUGCGGCAAGGUACAAACUCUACAAUGCAACGUGGUUUUAAAUAAUAUUGAGGAAUUACAUCGAUUUUGGGAAAUUGAAGAUAUACAAGAGGACACUUCAUUUUCGACGGAGGAGAGCCAAUGUGUUGAGUUUUAUAAGACAACGACAACAAGGUCGGAGGAUGGAAAAUAUCAAGUCAGACUGCCUCUAAAAUCAAACAUAGAUCAACUAGGACAAUCGAAACACAAGGCUAUAGCACAGUUUCAUCAGCUUGAAAGAAAGUUUAGCAAGAAUAAAACUUUAGAACAAGAAUAUAAGCUGUUUAUACACGAAUACCAAAAUUUGUAUCAUAUGAGACUAGCUGACGGCAACACGAAGCUGGACUAUUAUUUACCACACCAUUGCGUGCUACGCGAGCAAUCUACUACAACAUCGCACCGCGUAGUAUUCAAUGCUUCGCAAACUACAACAAGUGGACAAAGUCUCAAUGACUGCAUGUGUAAAGGGCCUAAUUUACAAAAGGACCUUUUAACUUUGAUUUUAGGGUGGAGACAAUACAAGGUCGCCUUCACCGCAGAUAUCGAGAAAAUGUUCAGACAGAUAUGGAUUCACAAAGCUGAUCAAGGUUUGCAGAAGAUCGUGUGGAGAGAUAGCCCACGUGACCUCUUACGUGAGUACCAACUGACGACAGUCACCUACGGCACCAAGGCCGCUCCUUUCCUCGCAAUGAUGACACUGCGUCAGCUGGCCGCGGAUGAAAAAGUACACUACCCAGAAGCUUCUCAAGUGGUGGAGAAUUGUUUCUACAUGGAUGAUUUACUCCAUGGAACCCACUCCUUAGAAACCGCAUUACAACUGAAACAAGAUCUUAUGGAGCUUAUGAAAUCUGGAGGGUUUCAUUUAAGAAAAUGGAAUUCUAAUUAUCAAGAACUAAAACAAGAGGGAGACAAACAAGGUCAAAAUAACUAUAAUUUCAAGCAAGCGGAAUCAACAAAGACCCUCGGUUUAAUUUGGAACCCAGAUCAAGAUAUUUUCAUUUUCCAAUCAAAAAUCCCUAACGAAAAUGGUGAAAAUACAAAACGAACGCUAUUGUCGGACAUAUCCAAGCUGUUUGACCCGUUAGGGUGGCUAACUCCACUAUCUACAAAAAUGAAGCUACUGUUCCAGCAAGUAUGGGAAACGAACAUGGCUUGGGAUGAUAAACUGCCCGAUCACAUCAAUACGGAAUGGCAAGAAAUCAAACAAGAUAUUGAAAACAUCAAUAAUAUUCAAAUACCUAGAUGGUUGGGCACCGACGUCACGUGCAGAGUCGAAUUACACGGCUUUUGUGACGCGUCGCAGAAAGCGUACGCGUGCUCUAUAUACAGCAAGAUUGUGACAUCGAAUCAAGUCAAAAUCGUUUUGGUAGUUGGCAAAUCAAGGCUAGUUCCGAUUAACAAGGAAAUUACUCUACCAAGACUGGAGCUGAGUGGAGCUUUGCUUCUUUCCAAACUUAUGAUGAAAGUCUUACAAGCUUUAUCAUCACUUCAAGACAUCAAGAUCUACGGAUGGAUAGAUUCUACGGCAGUAUUAGGAUGGUUACAAGGCAAUCCUAAUCGUUGGAAACCAUUCGUAUCCAACAGAGUUCACAAAAUCACCGAAGUAAUGCCACCUGAUUGCUGGCGUUAUGUGAAGUCUGCAGACAACCCCGCAGACUGCGCCAGUCGAGGGCUGACAGCGACAAGGUUGCAGCAACAUUCCCUGUGGUGGCAGGGACCGGCAUGGCUAUCUACUUACAACAGUAGAAAGCAAGAGGAACCAACAGUAUAUACAACAAGAGAAGAUGAGAAACAAGCUCAACAAGUUAACGUCGUAACACAAGGUACGGCAAGUCAGGAAAAUCUAGUAAACGAGCUUAUAAACAAGUAUAGCUCCUACAACAAGGUAGUUCGCGUGCUAUCAUGGGUGCGCAGAUUUUCCACGAAAAAGCAAGAUCGUCAGCAUACAACAUGGCUCACGCUAUCUGAAAUAAGAGAAGCCACUUCAAUUCUUGUAAAACAAGUACAAGAACAAAUUUUUCAUGACGAAAUUGGGAAUCUGAAAGACAAGAAAGUUAUAUCAGGAAAAAGCAAGUUAUUAAGCCUGAACCCGUUCUUAGAUGAUCAUGGGAUUCUGCGCGUUGGUGGGAGACUACAAAACGCUCGUAUCAGCCCUGCAAUGAAGAAUCCAAUAAUUUUACCUCAAAAUCAUCGACUUACCGAGCUAAUAAUAAAUCAUGCACACAAGCUCACAUUUCACGGCGGGGCUAGAGUUACACUAGCGCUCACGCGCCAAAAGUAUUGGAUACUGAGUGGUAAUCGAACAACGAAAAAAUACUUACAUCGAUGCGUGACCUGUAAGAAGCAAAAGCCUAAUAAGCAAGUACAAUUAAUGGCUGACUUACCUGGAUCGAGAGUGAAUCCUUCUCGUCCUUUCAUGCACACCGGUGUAGACUUCACUGGUCACAUCCUGUUAAAAGCCAACAAGGGCCGCGGGAUAAAAACCACAAAGGGAUAUGUGGCAGUUUUCGUGUGCAUGGUAACGAAAGCCGUCCAUCUUGAGUUGGUCUCCGAUCUAACUACUUCUGCGUUCAUAGCAGCACUGCGAAGAAUGUCUGCGCGCAGAGGGACACCGCGUCAUAUUUACUGUGACAAUGGACGCAAUUUUGUAGGCACAAGUAGAGUCCUUCAACAAGAAUAUCAAGAGCUUAUGCAAACAUUCAGCGACAAUGACGAGUUGCAAAAGGUGCUAACUGAGAUGGAAAUCAAGUUUCAUUUUAAUGCACCCUCAUGGCCAUCAGCAGGGGGCCUCUGGGAAGCGGCUGUCAAGAGCUUCAAAUUCCAUUUGAAAAGAGUCAUUGGCGAGCAAAGACUCACUUACGAAGAGUAUUCAACAUUGCUUACCCAGAUUGAGGCGUGCCUAAACUCUAGGCCUCUGUGUGCUUUAUCCGAAGAUCCAGAUGACCUUGCCUUUUUGACACCGUCACAUUUUCUCACAGGUGGUCCAACACUGACACUUGUCGAGACUGAAAGAGAUCUACGAACACGCUGGCAGCUUACUCAAAAAAUAUUACAAGAUAUUUGGAAGAGAUGGCGUGCCGAAUAUUUGUCUCAGUUGACAGCAAGGUCAAAAUGGAAACGUCCGCAAGAGAAUAUCAAGCUAAACGAUGUAGUUCUCGUGCAUGAAGAUAAUCUGCCUCCAGGCAAGUGGAUUAUGGGCAGAGUAGUGCAGCUACAUCCAGGAAAGGACGGCUACACCCGUGUCAUCACCUUAAAAACAAAGGGAGGCUUCAUGAAACGGCCUGUAAUAAAGUUGUCUGUACUAACAGAACAUGAUGACAACCAAGCAAGCAAUUUACCUGUACAACAAGCGUACUAUGGUAAACACGCCGAACAAGAAGGCAAGCCACAGAGAACAAGUAACGCAAAAGGCAAGAAGUUUUGCCUUACUUCAAUUCUUACUGCAUUCAUGCUGUUUAUGAUCGUCAUAUCAGAAGUUGAGAGCAAAGUCAAUGUUACCAAGUUCAGAGAGAAUCAAAGUAUGUACUUUGACAAAGUCUCAAAUAUGCUCUUAAUCAAAGAUGAAUGGAAGCUCGUCGUGUACUAUCAAAUGGAUCCUUAUUGGCAAGGUAAUAAGGCCCUCGAAACAUACGUGAAUACAAUGGAGAACGCAUGCACAACAAUACGAGAACAAGCUCACUGCAAAGCGAUACUACUCCAGUUACGUCAUGGCUACGACGAACUCGAACACUACAAUCAGCUGUUGCUCAGUCAGCAAGGCGAGCAGCGCGUGCGCCGGCGCCUCAAGCGGGGGCUUAUCAACGGUGUCGGAUAUCUCGCUAACACGCUGUUCGGAGUACUAGAUGAGAAAUUCGCCGAACAAUAUCAGAAAGACAUUGCCCUCCUACGUCAGAAUCAAAACCACAUCGCAAGCCUAUGGAAAAAUCAAACUUUAAUUGUCGAAUCAGAAAACAACCUAUUAAAACGCACUGAAAGAGUGAUGAACGAGCAACAUAAACUCAUACAUAGACAUAUGAAUACAUUAGAAAACUCCGUACAAGAGCUGAAAAACGUGGAACGCACAAAUAACGUCCUUAAUGACUUCGCAUUAGGAGCCAUUAUAGCAAGCAACGUGCUCCAUAAUUUAAAAGGCCUACAGGACACAUUACUGGAUACAAUCACGGAUAUUUAUCAAGGCCGCUUCAACUUACACUUAUUGACACCGGAACAACUAAUCAAUGAACUCAGCACUAUAUCAAGCAAGUUAACCAAAGAUGUGACUUUACCAGUUGACAACAUCCAUUCUGAUCUGCGAAAGUUAUACAGUUUAAUGAAGAUUAAAGCAAGGAUGUUACAAGACUAUCUACUUUUUGAGAUCAGAAUACCCCUCGUCAGCAGAGAAACAUUUGAGAUUUUAAAAUUGGUUCCAAUACCUAAACUACAAGGAGAGAACAUCAUUAGUCUGAUACCAGUGUCAGAUUACAUAGCCAUGAACUUGAAGAAAGACACUUUUAUACCUAUGAGUGAGAUUGAUGUCAGAGCAUGUAUCGUACAAUUAGAAGUAUAUUAUUGUCACAGCCAGAAGCCAGAAUUUCAUAUGAAGAUUGACAAGAAUCUAUGUGAGAUGCAGAAACAAGACUGCAAAACAACAACAAGUACUUGUAACAACAAGUGGCUAGACAGUUAUUCAAUCAACAUGUACAUGUAUUUUUGUUGUGAGCCCUGUCAAGUUAGAACAAUGUGCGAGGAUCAAGUAACCACACAACAGCUGACAGGCGCUGGACUCAUAAGUGUAGGUCAUGGCUGCAUUAUCAAGACGGAUGAAUUCAUGAUUUAUCCACACAAGCCUCAUACAAGUGAGAUUAGAAUAUCACCGAACUUGUACACUCCAACAAUCUCUCCGAUUAACAAUUUAAUUAAUCUCACCAUACCUCACCUCAGCUUACCAAAUGCAUCUUAUUCGGAGCUAGAACAAGAAGCUUCCGACAUUGGCAACAAGAUAAAAACUCUCAAAACAAGCGAACCUGUUUUGAGUGAUGGUGUUACUUAUCAUGAUGUACACCAUUAUGCCAUGAUUUACGUGAUAUUUGGCAUAAUAGCACUUGCAGCAAUUAUAUUCUUAACAAGAAGAAUUCGAAGCCAACACGGAGCAACGACUGCAAGCGCAUCAGGGUUGCCAGCAGCACCACCGGCGCCAGAGCCGGCACCGACGGCCGCGGCGCGGGCCGCGGGGAGCGCGCGACGGACAAGCAGCGUGCGUAGAAAAUACGACACCAAGUCUACAAGUCCCGUUUUGCGAAAAUUUAAUGAUUCUUUUAAUGAACAUCCUGUUUAAGAUACUUUUGUUUAAUUUCAAUUCAAUUGUAUACUUACAUUCAAGUUUUAUAUAAUUUACUAACAUAGCAAGUAAUUCAUCUCAUCAUAAUCUUCUGGCCCGGGAAUAUGUACGGUUUGCAACCGCACAUGUCCCGCGUCAGCUAUUUUACCUUUUACGCAAUUGUAUAAUUAGUUCACGACUCAUCAAGGUAGUGUGUACUCGCGUAUUAGUGUAAUUAACUUUAACAAGAAAGUAAUCAAUAAAACGCACUUUUUACGCUAUCAAGAUUGUUCUCAUUUUGCCUCCACAUCAGUUUAUCAAGAUUAUCAUCUUAUCAUCAAAAGAUCAUACAAGUCUAGCAAGAGACUGUACAUCUUUUUGGUCCUUCGAGCAAACACGAGGUGUUCGCGUGUGCAGAGUGAUAGCGAAUCGGUUCAGCCGGCCUCCCACCAGCGGGUCUCACCGGCUGGAUUGAGAAGGCGCAAAUAUCAUCCCAGGACACAGUGGACAUAGUAAUCAGCAAGACAAGAGG